GGGCUCAUUUCGCUUUUGGAUGUACACCAAACCAGUGGCUUCCACUGUACAGACUUUGGUUGGCUCUAAUGUUAAGCUGACAUUUCUACAUUGUUAUUAUGCUGAUUUUGACCUUUUUUGAUUUUUACUGAAGGACGGAUUUGUGCCACUUUGGAGCUUUCUGACGCGCAUCCAAAGGCGACACAGUUGCCAAUACACAAGGCUCAAGAUUCCUUAAAUCAAUGUCCUUGUAUGGAGCAACAUUUAAACAGCUGUUGUCGAGAGUGUGUGUUUUUAGAAGCCGUUUAUAAACCUAAUAUCUUAAUUUGCGCUUGAAGAGCGUGGCAUGGCUAUUGGGCGUCCGCCUCGCAGCGCACGCAAAUCUCUGUGAUGUGGAUGCGUCUCACCCUGUCAACCUUUUGUAUGGCUAUAACUGGACAUUUCUCACCGUAUGGACACAAUUUAAGGAAGUAAAGUGUUUUUCAUUGGUUUGUUGGUUGCACGACUCACGAUAUCAAUGAUGACUGAGAACAAUGAGAUGGAGAGCGACUCGCAGCUCCAGCGCUCUCCAAGCACCAUGUCCAUCCAACCGAUGACAUCCAAGCUCGAGAGACUGAAACGGUCACUGUCCUUCAAGACCAUGAUGCGCAGCAAAAGCGUGGAGAACUUCUUUCAAAGGUCCUACAGUGACGCUCGCCUGCCCCCCGAUUUCAUCACGGACCCGCCGCCUCCUUCUCCCCCGCUGCUGCCCGGCUCCCCUCUCGUCUGCGACCGCUCACCCUCCAUUUCACCGUCUCUCAGCCCCAACCCCUCCAUCUCCUCACACUCCCCUUCUCUCAGCCUCUCCCCAUCAUUGCCCACCAAACCUCCCCGGCCUCAGAUCACCCACUGUUUCCAGGACCAUGUGUUCCGCAAGCCCACCAACUGCCAGCACUGCAAGCACAUGAUAGUGGGAAACUCUAAACAGGCUCUGCGGUGUAAAACCUGCAAGAUGGCUGCUCACCUGUGGUGCACCUCAGAACUAUCACAGCAGCUGUGUCACGGGAAGUCUGGAGCUUUCAAGCGAAACUUCAGCUCGCCGAUGCUCGUCAACGACCAAUUGUCAGUCGUCAAGGAAGUUCAACCAAGCCAAGAGGCUGUGCGGAUGCGGGUAGACCCUGUGUAUGCUGCCCUGCGCUACGGGACGUCCUUGGCACAGAUGAGCCGCUCCAGUUUUGGCAGUUUGUCAGAAUCGCCAACACGCUCCCUGGGGGAGGGAGAUGAGGAGAGGCAGCAGAGGCAGUGCAGCAUGGAAGAGGAGAUAACUCAGGAGACAGGGGACAUCCCAGUCCCUGAGCCUGAGAUGGAAAAAGAGGAAGAUGAAAGCAGCAGCCAAGCUCAGACUCCUGCAGAUGACAGCAGUGUGAAGAUGCCGAAGCGCAUUGAAGUUCACGCAAUCCACACCUACGUUGCCCUCUACAAGUUCCUGCCUCAGGAACAGAAUGACCUGGAACUUAAUCCCGGUGAUCGGGUGCAGGUCACCGAUGACUCUAAUGAAGAGUGGUGGAAGGGUAAGAGUGGCGACAGAGUCGGUUUCUUCCCUGCCAACUUUGUGCAGAGGGUGCAGCCAGGAGAGAGAGUGUGGCGGGUCGUCCAGGGUCUUCCAGGCAACCGAGAGAGAGGUCACAUGGCCGUGAAGGAAUCCCAGAUCUGUGUGGGGAAGCUAGAAGAUGGUGAGGUGUUUCUGAAGCUGAGCAGUGGCAAGAAGAGAGGGCUGGUCCCAGCUGACUCCAUAGAGGAGAUCUGAGCCUCUGCGCGAACAUCACCAUCCCUCUUCUUCUACCCCCCCCUCCUCCUCCCCCCGGGAUGCACCCUUCAUCAAACUAUUACCAACCGCCCUCCCCCACCCUUGCCUUGGCUCAAAGACUGCUGCAGUCUUCCCAGCCAGUCCUGACUGACUUCGAACCAAACACAGAUAAAGCGGACGAAAAAGACACACUCUGCAUAGAACUGAAACUGCAGAAGAACAAAUGGUUUACAGAUGAAUUGGUUUACUGUCUUUAACAGUCUUUAAUAGACUGCAGUCCUUUCUCUCUGCAUUCUAGUACAGUUUCCUUUCCAAAACAAAGUUCAAUGUUUAGUUAGACAGAGGCUGCGCCAGCGCAAAGGCUCUAAAUAAGCUUGCCAGAAAUCGAUUCUCAUUUUGGUUUCCUCAUCAGAGAGUUAUCUACCAAUGAGGGAGUCCUGUCACUGUCCUUUUCCUCUUUCAUACGACAUGUCAGGGUCUCUGGCUUUGAUCUGGAUACACGCUUCAUGUUUCACGACUGGAGGCACUCACCAAGGACAACCACUGCCAGCCUGAGCAGCCACUGCCACUCGGAAAGGUGGCAGAAUCAGAUGAAAGGAGCACACAGGAUCCAAAAAGCUUGAAAAGUGUCAGGCUGAGUUAUUACUGCGCUCACCAGCUUGAGAGUGCAGAAAUGAGGAGAUUUUCAAAGGGCAAAUUGGAGGGCUCUGAGGGCCUUUUUUCAAAGAAGGCUAAAAAAAAUGUCCUUUUCUCAGUCAGAAAUAACAAUUAAGAUAUGGUCCAAAAAAUCACCAGGAUCUUUUACUUUUUGGUCACAGAAAAAAGAACUCAAUCAUGGUGUUUCAAAACUGCUUUAUCUUAAACAUGCCAGGAAAUCAACCUUCCGGGAAUUUGGUAGAAAUGCUUCCUUGCUUUUUUGUUUGUCGCUUUUCCAUUUAGGCAUACAUAAUGGAGUGUUGUUUCUCGUUGAUAACACAGAAACAGCAGUGAUUCUCUGGGGUCUAUGUUAUUUUUUUAAAGGCAGAGAUGAUUCAGAAUCAUUUCUUGAAAGCGGGGUGGAACUUGUCUGGAAGUGCAAGAACUUGGAAAUAAAGCAGGCCAGUCUGCCAGAAAAACAAAGCAGAGUGGAACUUUUCUGACCACAGUGAGCAACUUUUCCUUACAGUUUGGCGAUGGAUGCUUGAGAAGGAGAAAGACGAGGUGCAAUGAUCAGUGCCGAGCCCUUAUGAGUCAGUGGACGCAUUCAGGAAGCGAUGUAACCAUGGGUGCACAUGUCAUCACCGAUCAACUGUCAAACUGUCAUCUCCGUCUUCUCCCUCCCGUUUGACCUGUCUUGUCCUCUCUUUGUUGAUGUGCAUCGUCAGAUCUGACAUGAAGUGCAGGCAUGUAAGUCAACUUUUCAUGGUCACGACUUCCAGUGAAUUAUUUGUCCAUUGCUUAUUAAAAAAAUCUGAUGCAUUUCUUUAAGAAGAACAUCGUGUUCCCGAGGAGAGGACACUGUCAGAAACAUUUCACCGGAUGGAGAAGAAAACCGUAGGUUCAGAGCACAGAAUAAAACAGCAAAAUAAUGGCACUGAAAAUUAUCAAAUAAUUGUGUCUUAUUGUGUUUUUUUCAGCACACCGAGGUCAUCUAGCUGAUACUAUCCUCCUUAAGUCCACAUUUCAGUGUAUGUGAAAGCCUUUAGAGACUGUGAGAAAUAAGCUUAUCUUCUAGUAAUAGCGGGAAUAGCACUUAUGUUGUUGGAAUAAGUUGUUCCUUUUGUUGAAGUAUGUCCUUCAAAGUGAUUGCUGUUGUACUGAACCAUUCUUUACUUGGAACUUCACUUCCCUAUGGCGCUCUUUGGGCUGAUGGAUGUCUUGAUGAUGCUGAAAUCAGUAAAUAUCACACAUGGAAAUAAAUGAACGACAUAGCAGCAGCAAUGGAGAGACAUGUGUCAAAGCAGAACUGGAUCUAUGAUUUGAUCACGUAAAUCUCACACUGCGUCUGUAGUUUUAUGUAGCAUUACAUGUCCACACUUAUGAGAAAUGAAAAAUGUAAAGUAGUUUGGAUGUAUUCUGAGUCCAGAGUCUCUGAUUGGCCAGGUACCUCAAUAAAAGAUCUUUACAAAACA